AUGACAACAACAGUGAAAAGAAAAAGACUUGACUCAGGUAAUAAUGAGGUCUGUGUUUUUUCUCUUCCAGGUCGUCUCAUCUUUGAUAACCUGAAGAAGUCCAUCGCCUAUACGCUGACCAGCAACAUCCCGGAGAUCACUCCCUUCCUGUUCUUCAUCUUGGUCAACAUUCCUCUUCCUCUCGGGACCAUCACCAUCCUCUGCAUCGACCUGGGCACUGACAUGGUCCCUGCAAUCUCAUUGGCUUAUGAAGCAGCAGAGAGUGACAUCAUGAAGCGCCAGCCUCGUAACCCCCACAGGGACAAGCUGGUGAACGAGCGUCUCAUCAGCAUCGCCUACGGACAGAUCGGAAUGAUUCAAGCCCUGGGAGGAUUUUUCAGUUAUUUCGUGAUCCUGGCUGAGAACGGCUGGCUUCCCAGUCUGCUGGUGGGCAUCCGGCUAAACUGGGACGAUCGCUCCAAUAAUGACCUGGAGGACAGUUACGGACAGCAAUGGACAUACGAGCAGAGGAAGAUUGUGGAGUUCACGUGUCACACAGCCUUCUUCGUCAGUAUCGUGGUGGUGCAGUGGGCCGACGUGAUCAUCUGCAAAACCCGCCGCAACUCUGUGUUCCAGCAGGGCAUGAAGAAUAAAAUCUUGAUCUUCGGCCUGUUUGAGGAGACGGCUCUCGCUGCCUUCCUCUCUUACUGCCCCGGGAUGGAUGUGGCCCUCAGGAUGUAUCCUCUCAAGCCCAGUUGGUGGUUCUGUGCGUUCCCUUACAGCUUCUUAAUUUUUGUUUACGAUGAGAUCCGAAAACUUAUCCUGCGCAGAAACCCAGGAGGUUGGAUUGAAAAGGAGACAUACUACUAAAUUGUCAAACACUUCACUCAUCCAUUCUCCCUCAUUCCCUCACUUUCUCUUUCUUAAUGUCUUUCUCUGUCUUUUUUACAUUCUACCCAUCCCCCCUUUAUAAAAACAUAAUCUCCAUCCUUUUACUGAAAUAAUAAUAAAAAAAUGAGAUGAGAUGAGAGGACCAAGCACCAACCGAGGAAGAUGACAAACCCAAAGACUACAGCUGAAUCUGCCAGAAUCAUAGUUGUAAGGUUUACUAAAACUGUUAAACACACCGUUAGCAUGUGCACACGCACGGCUUUAGGAAUGGAUGUCGCGCAUCACGUCUUUCCGAACCCGACAUUUAGAUUCAGUCACGGGCGACAGGGACUCCUGCACAAACACUGCCACGCUAGAUUACUGUUGUUCAUCCCUCUCCGUCCUCGCCAUCGGGAAAAUACAACUUAAUCAUGAAAUUCAUUUAGACUCUCGCCCUCUGCUGGGGGAAAAGAGGAUGACUCCUGUCUCACCUGCCACCUCCUCCCUUUCUCUGUGUCUUUUCUUUCCAGGUCGUCGUUGUUGUUGUUUUUUUUCGUUCAUCUUUUGAGUGUUGUUUUUAUUAAUCAUUCCUAACUUUUUAGUCCGAUAUUUGUUACGUUAGACGUGUGUCUGAGAGCUGCUUGGUUUCAUUUUUUUUUUCUCAGGCAUGACAAAGCACACUGCCACCCACUCACUCUUUCUCUCUCUCUCUCUUUCUCUCUCCCUUCCCUUUACCCUGCACUGCCCCUCCCUCCCUGCUCUCGCUCCUUCUGUCCGUUCCGUCUGUUUGUCUGUUUGUGAACGAUGUGAAGACCCCCCCCCCCGACCCUGUUUCCCUCUAACCCCUGUUAAAAAAAGAGAAAAUACAAUCUUUCUGUGUCCUAGGAAAAAGAGAUUUCUCUCUAAUGUCAUUGUUUAAAUAAGUGCAGAAAAAUCAAAUAAAAGCAAUGUUACAACAUGUCAAUCAACUGCGAAAAAUGAAAUAAAAAAGAAGGAUCUCUCUUUUCUCA